CUCAUCAGCUGGCUUUUACUUUACGGAGGGGGAUCAGACUCAUAUGGAUGAAAUCCUGCUGGUCUUUUUUAGGGAAAAGAUGGAGAAGAAGCAUGCCAGGUAGCAGAUGAUCGUAUAAAGUCUGCAGCAUAUUCCCUGUUGUUAAAUUUGCAGUAGUUAACGAAACGGUUCGCGUUUUGGUAAUUAAACUUGGCUGUUGUUAUAUUAACCCGAAAGCUAGCCUGUUUCGUUAUUUAUAAGGUUAGCUUGCCAACAAACUUGCGUUUAGGUCGUGUCGUGUUUACUUCUGCGAACUGACAUCCAAAAUAAUCGCCUAAGUGGAAAAUGGCCGUACCUAUAGCUAUCUUGGACUGUGAUCUUCUGCUACACGGUCGAGGACACAAGACCCUGGACAGGUUUGACAUAGAGACCGUGUCGGAUGAGUUUUUAUUGACAACAUUUGGCUUUCCGCGAGAAUUCAUCUAUUUUUUGGUGGAACUUCUGGGCGACACUUUAUCACGACGUACACAGAGAUCGAGAGCCAUCAGCCCGGACGUGCAGAUCCUGGCCGCCCUCGGCUUUUACACGUCGGGGUCCUUCCAGACUCGCAUGGGAGAUGCUAUAGGUAUCAGUCAGGCAUCCAUGAGUCGCUGCGUUACAAACGUCACCAACGCACUGGUAGAAAAAGCUUCAGAUUUCAUCGGCUUUAUGCGUGACGAUGCCACGAAGCAUCAGUCCAAAGAGGAGUUCUACAGGGUGGCCGGUAUGCCCAACGUAAUUGGUGUCGUAGACUGUGCUCAUAUCGCGAUUAAAGCACCCAACAGCGAAGACUUGUCCUACAUCAAUAAGAAGGGCUUCCACUCCAUAAACUGUCAGCUUGUAUGUGAUUCAAGGGGCCUUCUGCUGAGCGCCGAGACGCACUGGCCAGGUAGUUUAGAUGAUAGUGCAGUGUUUAAACAAUCUGCCGUGAAGACUUUCUUUGAAGAACAGGAAAGUCAUGAAGGAUGGUUACUGGGAGAUCGCCUCUACCCCCUAAAGAAGUGGCUGAUGACACCCCUCCAGUACCCAGAAACCCCUGCUGAUUACCGUUACAACUUGGCUCACGUGGCCACGCACGAGAUUGUGGACCGCACAUUCCGAGCCAUCCAGACCCGCUUUCGAUGCCUGGAUGGGUCCAAGGGGUACCUGCAAUACUCUCCUGAAAAAUGUGCUCGCAUUAUCUUGGCCUGCUGUGUCCUGCACAACGUAUCACUGCAGUCUGGCCUUGAUGCGUGGACUUUUGGGAGGACAGAGACACCGGACCAGUUGGGCGAGGGCUGUGAGCAGAUAGACCUAUCAGACUCCGAGGCCUUUAGAAUCCGGCAGGAGCUCAUCAAAAACCACUUCAGCUAGGCCCCAAGACCUGACUGUACCACAUAGCCAAGCCGCAAGAAAACCAAGAGCGUCUGGCCUUGGCAUUUAUGAGUGUCAGAGCAAUGUGAAUAAACGUUUUUUGUAACUUAUAAAAUUUCCAGUGACUGUCAAAAACAGUUUAAGAUACUAUGAAGGCCUGGACUGCAGUGGGAUGGGAAUUGACUAAUGGUUGAAAGCCAACUGCAAGCCAGUAGCAGAAAAGUAUGUUGGAGAGUAUAUUGCGCAUCUGCAACAAUCUGUUUUGCAGCAUAACUAAGUCAAGUAAAGGAAAACUUUGUCUCCUAUCAUUGAAACCAAAGUGAAAAAGAUGCAAAUGUUUCCAAAGUCCAUGUUUAUCAGAUUAUUUUAUUACUAGUUUCCUAAUGGUAGUUUGGACAAUGGCCUGUUGAGCAUUAACAUGAAACCAGAGACAUCAAAAGGGUUGAUUUUGAAGUUUUAUUUAGCAAAAUGGUAAAAUAAAUAAAUACAAAUUGA